UCCUCAACCCUCACUUUUAACUCUAAGCUUCUUCUGUAUUUUUGGUUUCUUUCUUUUUUGGUCACACCCGGGGCAGAACUGUCACUGCACAUUGCAGUGACAACACUGGAUCCCUAACCUGGUGAGCCACCAGAGAACUCUUUCCUUUAAAAAAAAAAAAAAAAGCAUAUUUGACAGAAUCAUUUCCAAGAGCUAUCAAAUUUUAUCAAGUUAAGUUCUUCAGAAAAAACUUGUAGGGUCACCCAUCAUCCUGACUUGCUGGGGCUGUACUGGUUUUAGCACCUUUUAGCUACCCCUCCCCCCACCCAAUCCCAGAAACUCCUCAGUACGGAGCAAACUGGGACAGUCUGUCACCAUACUCGUGGCUGGCUCACGUUUGAACAUACUGACCAACAAAGGGACCCACACCCAGGUGGCCAGAAAGACCCUGAUAGUGCUCUGACCUUCUACUUGUCUGUUGCUGCCGCCUCUGCGUCCUGAGCUGGCUAUUUCUAAUUUCAAGGACCAUCAUCUUACACUCUCUCCUCUAACCAAGAGUCUUCAGCCUUUCAGGGCCCCCAAAACCUUACGAGGUGACCCUCAUUGGAGACAGAAGCCGUAGACCAGGCGGGAGGGGCCGGGCCUCUGACCCGCGCAGGCGCACAUGCGCACUCCACACAGGCUUCAUGGAUUCCCAGUGCAGCUGCGUGGUAGUGACCGGUUUUGGGCCCUUCCGGCAGCACCUGGUGAAUUCCAGCUGGGAAGCAGUGAAGGAACUCUCCAAGCUAGGCCUGGGGAGUGAUGUGGAGCUGAGGAUUCUUCAGCUACCAGUGGAUUACAGGGAAGUGAAGCAGAGGGUCACCAGAAUCUGGGAAGAUCUUCAACCGCAACUCACAGUGCACGUAGGUGUUGACCCCGCAGUUAAGGCCAUAUUUUUGGAGCAGCGAGGCAAGAACCGGGGCUACCGCGAUGCGGACAUCCGAGGCUUCCGGCCAGAGCGAGGCGUGUGCCUUCCAGAUGGCCCGGAAGUGAUUGUAUCCAGGGUCGACAUGAAGGCGGUCAGCAGGCGAGUGGCGGUGGAGGGCGUGGCGGUGGCUUUCUCUGGAGAUGCGGGCAGGUGCGUUGCGUCGCUGGGUACGUCUGCGAUUAUGCCUACUACCUGUCUUUGCAUCAUGGAAAUGGGUGCGCUGCGCUCAUCCAUGUCCCUCGAUUAUCUCCUUGGCUCCCGGCCAGCCUGCUGGGAAAAGCCCUGCAGGUCAUCAUCCAGGAAAUGCUGAAGGAGACUGAGAAAGCCAGGCUCAAAGACCGGUGCACAGGAAACAGCCUUGGCAAGUCCAUUCAAGGGGAACCAACUGGGGGACUGCUCCUUUAGAGAAAAUUAAAUGUUUCAAUCCUGUGUGUAGAGUUCAACUGUGCUUUGAGAGGCUUUUAAAAAAUUGCUCGUAAAACAGUUUACGCAGAGGAAAAAAGUUCGGAUUUAGCCCAACGAAAUCACAAAAUCACAAAGGGUUAUUUUAUUGUCAGAAGAAAGAAAAACACUCUGAAAGGCAGACAUUUCAUGAGGGAUUAACCAGCUUCAGUUAUUGUUUUCCUGACAAUAAAAUGAAAUGCUAGCAAUAUUUUCCCCCCUCUUAAAAGUCUAUUCAGUGGGCCUGUGUGAUCCUGCCUAGAUUGCUGGGACCCCAGACCUGUGCUGUAGAGGCCUGUGUGGUGGGAUGACCCAUGACCAGCCCACGGUGGGACACACAGGUGCAGCACUCACUCUGGAACCCCGCUCCAGGCAUGCAGCCAGGUGUUGUGGGCAGCUUCUGAGCCACCGAGUUGCUAGUGUCUGGUUUUUUCCUUUUUUAAAUUUAUAAAAAAUUAAAAUGGUAAGAUACCAUUUUAACCAUGUUUGCAUGUUCAGUGGCAUUAUGCACGUUCACCUGUUGUGCAACCACCGCUCCCAUCCAUCUCUAGGACUUUCUCAUCAUCCCAACUUGAAACUCCAUACCCGGAAACAGUUCCCCCUCCCCUCCCCCAGCACCUGGCAUCCAUUAUUCUACCCACCCUCUCUGAAUUUGACUACUCCAGUGACCUCAUGUAAAUGGAAUCACAAUCUUUGUCCUGUUGUGACUGGUUUAUUGCAUUUAGCAUAAUGUCUUAAAGGUUCAUCCAUGUUGUGGCAUGUGUCAGAACUUCCUUUAAGGCUAAAUAAUACCCUGUUUUAUGUUUGGACCACAUUGUGUUUAUCCAUUCACUUUUUGAUAGAUGCCGGGUUGCUUCUACCUUUGGUUAUUGUGACUGCUGCUCCUGUGAACGCUGGUGUGCAAACAUCUGUUAGAAUCCUGGUUUAGUGUUUUGUGUGUAUGAAUAUGCCUAUAAAUAGAAUUGCUGGAUCAUAAGGUAAUUCUGUGUUUACUUUUUUUUGAGGAGCUGCUGUACUGCUUUUCACGGCAGCUGCACCACUUUACAUUCCCCCAGUAGUGUUUGUUUGAUCCUAAAGCAAAAGUUAAUAGCUGGGUUGAGCUUCUCUGCCAUGGUCAGUAUUAUCUCUACCUUUUUAGAAACAGAAUCUCCCCUUUUCAUCUUUCAUUUUGCCUUUAUGGCACUGUGCUGUUGUCUUGUGCCAAGCUGCUCACAGCGAGGUUUUACUUGUCCAGUGUUUUCUGGGCAAAUUUCCAUUGAGAACCCUAUUAGCAACAUGAUUUUUUUUCGGAGGAAGAACUUGAAGGUGGCUAAGCUCUGGGAAAUUUCUUGUUAUGUUGGUGUGCUCAUGACUAUCAUUUUCCACUUAAUUUCAUUUAAAAAAAAAAUCAUCGUCACUUAGUGCCCAGAUUCAUUCACUGUAAGAAAAAGCAGCUGCACCUUAAUAACAAAGGAACAGGGCAAAGGAACUUGCUCGUUUUACCAUUAGCCCUUCAGCACACUUGUGCGUUUGUAGUAGACUUUACAGGACCCCCUUUGCAAAUGAAAUUGACUCCCUUGACAUAAAACAGAUCAAAGUUCUACUGUAGCAGACCAAAGGCGGCAAGUGGACUGGGGUGGGGGGUGGUUGGCCAGCUGGCGUAUGUCCAGCUGCAUGCCUGUUAAUGUGGAGAGCCUUCAGUAUUUAGAGGCAAACACCUGCCACCCAGAGCCCUGGACCCUCCUAAUCUUAGCUCCUGUCUCAGGACAGUGGCAGGUUGGGGUCCUCUGGGCCCUAGCUCCAAGUGUCAUGUCAGGUUGUAAAAUGUGUGUGUCUAGGCGCCACCAAGCAGACUUUUAGAUGUCAUCCACUUGGGAGGCCCAGAGCUGCGUCUUAAUGAACGUCAUUCCCCCUCUCUGGCCUCCAAACUUCUUUAGGGAGAACCCCAGAGGGCCCACUCACAUCCUGUCCUAAGUGGCCUCCCAUCCCCUGCUGACACACACUGGGGUCUGUUGGGUUGGGGCUGAUCUGCGGCAGUUCUGAGUCAGUUUGAAAGCUGACACAGCUUCAAAAGGCUGAGCCCUGGGUUGGUUAUGUAAUGGCUGGGGGGUCUUGGACAUGUCUGUGUGUUUGCUCCUCUAUAAAAGAGAGUAAUAAAAAUCCUUCCUUUGAAGAAUUGUUGUGACGAUCUGGUGGGAGAAUGGAGGGGAGAGUCCAUCAGUGAUGAGAGAACGCUUUAUUGAAUAUGGGCUCGUAGCUGGACCGUGAGGCAAAUAUGGAAAUAGCUCUGCUGGGUGGUAGUCUUAAGAAGUGGCAUGGUGGGGCGAGGGUCUGAAACCUCUUCCAGAGACCCAGCACCUUCAUCCUCAGAAGAAAUCGCUGCUGCUCUGGCUGAAGACAGAUGCAGACUAUGCUUCUGCAGCUGGGAAGCUCAGCAGCCCCAACCCGAGAAUGUGGGAACCACACUGCACUCCCAUGUCGGCCCUGCCCAAGGCCAGACACCCACCCGAGCCUUGGAAAUUAGCCUGCUGUUAGUCAUCGGUCGCCUAGGGAGGGUCCUCUCAGUGCCAAACACUUGGUGACAAUGGUAAGCAAAACCCUGGGGCCAAGCCAAGCUCCAGAGUCCCCUCUUUCAGAAAGGCCUUUUGUUUCUAGAUCCAAAUACCUGUGAGCCUCCCCAGGUCUUAAGUAAGUGUGGCCUGUCAUGUACUUCUGCUGCCUACACCUUUGCUAUUUCACCCUUGUCCCAUAGACUGAUUUUGUUACUGAAGUAUAAUUUCCCAUGAUCAGAUUUUAAGGAGUGAUCAGCUCAGCUUCCUGAUAUGUCCAAGGUCUGAUUCUAGAACAUUUACAGCUUGUUUCCUUUGAACAUGCAUUUGCAUUUCCUACUGUAACCAUUUCUCCCUGGCAAAGAUAACAUGCCCUGAUCAAGUCCCUGGGGCAGGCCAAACUCAUUGGCUGGAAAGUAACAUUUCUGAGUGGUGCCCGGCAGGCUGCACAUGGCAUGCAUGUCCAUGGCCAUCACCUGCACCCUCAGAGUAGGUAUGCCCACUGUGAGGGACUGACAAGGACUUGAAAAUGUGAAGAGUGUUAAGUCCUUUGCCCCAGAGCCACCCAGAUCAAACCUGCCUUGGCCUGGCUUUUGCCAGUGGCAGAUACAGGAAAAGUCUAUGAAAUCAGUCAAAAAUCAAGUACAGAUUUCUCUGUUUUACGCAGAUUUUCUUCUAGCUGAUUUAAUGGAGUGAGAAACAGAAUAGCUUCCCUGUUCAGCAGCAAUUUGCAUGCUGAGAAGGUUGAGCUGUUAGAAGUAAAGCAAAGCCUUCACAUAGACUCCCUCCCAACAUUAUGUGUGAACAUACAUGCCCCAUGUGGCUUAGUUUCCCUGCCUCAGAAGCAUGAUGGUUCUUCCAGAAGGGGUGAGGAGGGACGAAAUCAGAGACCAAAAAUGCAUACAGAAUUCUUUUAUUUAACUUAAACCAUGUAGUACUUUAACUACUAGAAAAAAGCAGAGUAAGAGAAACUAAAGUUGCCUUAGCUUCAGCCAUUCAAAAUAGACAAAGUUUCUUUUCUUUUUUUCAUAAUGUAAAGAAUCCAGAGUAUAUCGCAAUAACAGGAAUAAAUUCUUACAACAGAAUAUACAAAAAACAUUUUGAAAUUUUUUUCAUCUACUGAUUUUUUAUAUAAACAGAGGAAUUUUUUUUAGGAACAAUUUAUACACAGAAAGUCAUUUUAUGUAACAAAUUGGCCAUGUUAUUACUUUUUUUUUUUUUUAGUUUUUUUUUUUAAAAACUUUUUUUUAAAACAAGAAAACUCAGAAAAUGCAUUAUUUGCGAUGCAUCCAUUCCAUCGCGCCUUCUGGUUUGAAUUUUUUUUUUUUUUUUUUUUUUUUUUUUUUUUUUUUUUUUUUUUUCUGUCCCAGAGGUAGACAAACUCUGGCAAACCUCUCACCUCAACCUCACUGGCUUAGAAAGCAGACAGGUGUUUUUGCCAAGCAUCUGUUCCACCUGUGGAUGGUGUCUAUGCAACGCCAGACAUCCAAAUGGAAAGUUACAAACAAAACCCAAAUUGUUUCUGGACCUUUCUCCCAUGUAGUGCAAAACAUCCAGAUGUUUCCAACGAUGGGGAUUUUGUGGAGUUGUGUAGACAUGGCAAAUAGUCCAUUGGGAACCAGAGGGAAUGGUGUCAAACUUAAAAAAAUCUUGCAUGUGCAUGGUUUUUAUUACAACAAAUUUGUACUAUAUUGAAAAAGAACUAUCUUCGGUGUUCUGCCUUAAAUAAAAAUAAAUAGAAUCUCUUACAUGUAAUAACAAAGCAUUAGUCAUGAUAUGAGGCAUGUAAGCCAGUGGCUUUCGGGCACCAGAAUUAUCAGCUUUUGUAUGAUAAGUCUGUGUGCUGUGUCACGGUGAAAGCCACUAGAUGUGCAAUGGAGUCCUUCCAUCUCGAGGCACUGCAUAAGAGGACAACUACCAAACCUGCCAAACCAGAUGCUUAUGGUGCCACAGGCACCGCCAGGCUGUAACACCUCUGCUGUUUCCUUGGCCAAUGAGGUUCGUUCGGUCUGUUAAAGUAGCUACACUCCAAAGGGAAAUGACCAGUAAAA